AUGUACGACAAGAAUCUGAUUAACAACACAUACAGGGUCAUUGGGCUUUGCGGAUCCGGCAGUUAUGGGAAGGUUUAUCGAGUUCAACACGUCAGCACAAGCGAGAUAUAUGCAUGCAAAGAAAUAUGUUACACAAACAUGGGGGCCAAGGAACGGGGUAUCCUUGAGCAGGAAGUCAACAUUGUGACAACCUUGGUUCACCCUCACAUCAUUCGGCAUCACGAGAUUAUCCAUGACAAAGCAUCGGAAGUACUUUACGUAAUCAUGGAGUUCUGCACUAAUGGUGACCUCUCUAGUAUAAUGAUGAAUGCAAAGCGGGCGGGGAAUUACCUCUCAGAGGCGUAUGUCCUUGACAUUGGUAAACAAGUCCUGGAUGCCUUAGUAUACUGCCACUCCCCGUUCAAGUUCAAUCCCGCAACCUCAAAAGGUCCCAGCACAGGGUCGAAGGAUAUUGAUUCUUCCAAUCUGCAGCCGAAAGUGGUACUACAUAGAGAUAUUAAGCCGGCAAACCUCCUGGUUAACCACUCUGGUGCAAUAAAGCUAGCAGAUUUCGGGUUCUGUAGGGUCCUAUCGAGUACAACCGACAUGACAGCAACCAGAGCAGGGACACCUCUUUACAUGGCCCCCGAGCUUUUAGAAGGUAAGGGGUACACUGCCAAGGCAGAUAUAUGGUCUCUCGGCAUCACCCUGUAUGAAAUAUGCUCCUUCAGGCUUCCUUAUCCGUCUCCAACUAUCGACGAUCUUCAGAAACGCAUCUCCACAGAAUCUCGCAGGCCCCUGCCAAAGUGCUACUCGGAGAAGCUUACAUCUGUAAUUGAUCUUAUGCUAACAGUAGAUCCCGUGGCACGGCCUACAGCGGCCAUGGUGCUCGAAUAUAUAACUUAUGUGUAUAAUCAGCAAGCCACUCAUCCGACAAGUCCUCCACCAGCUCCAUCGAACAUCCCGCUGAAUGUUCAAAAUAUGGCGCAGAUAAAUACGUAUGGCCUCAGAGCCCUUUCUUCUAACACAACAAAGACGGCCGAGAAGCCUGUUACUCCCUUGCUUGCGCGUGAUGCAAUUCGCGCAAUCUCUGCGACGGCUUCCGUAGUGGCCAAGUCGGGCCCAGUAAGCCCAGCACAACUUCAGCAGAGCGCUACUAUCAAGAAGCUCCAGGAGGACAUCCUCAAGCUCAGUGAAGCGCAAAAAACAACAAGCAUGGAACUUGUUAACAAAUCCAAUGAGAUAUUUGUCCUGAAGGAGCAGCUUAAGACAGCUAAACUGACAUCACAACGCCAUGUCUAUGAACUAGAACAGCUUAAAAAUUACGUAGCAGUCACCUACGGUCAAGUGGAUGCGGUUGCACCGGAUCAACCCAGCUAUGCAGACCUUUUGACUACAUGCGGGCAGUAUACUAUGGAGAUUGCAAACCUUAAAGCAGAGCUUGUACACCUCAAAGAGCAACUCGCAAAGAAGCCAGAUGCUCAGGAAGGUUUACAAACACCAGUUCAGUCUGUUGGUAUGCUAAGCAAAAGCUCGGUGACUCCAAAGGUGGAGGAUAUAAAUGUAGAGUGUUUAGAAGAUUCUUUAAUUUCGGAUUGCAUACCCACUGAUGCACUAAAUAAUAAGAAGAGCUCGGAAAGCAUGAUGCUCAGAAAGAUAGAGCAGCAAUUGCACAAGGUGCAUGAGCUCAUGCUCGUGGGUGACGACCCGAUACUAAGAGACUCUCGCGGGAACACGAUGCUGAUGCAUGCGGCAGCAAGUGGAUACUCCUUGCUUGUGCGUUGCCUCUGCUCGACUCAAUCCAAGCAGAAGAACGAUAUGGGGAAGACAGCACUCAUCCUGAGUAUUCAAAAUGGAUACCAUGCGUGUGCACAGAUCCUUCUCCCCUACGAAAAGGACAUCCCGGAUGCCUUGGGGAAGCUGCCCGAAUUUUAUGCACUGAACUCUCCCAAUAAGAAUAUUCAGGCCUUAUUCCUAUCUUGA